UUUGUCCCUAAGGGAACGCAGUCUCUCUUUUACCGACUUAUGGGGAUCGCAUCAGCAUGAAGCCGCUACUGGCUGAGAUUCUUUUGGUAUCAAGAUCGUUGGCUCCAUACAUUAGUAUCAUAAAGAAGGUAUCUGGAACCCUCACUUUGGUCUCUAUCUGGUCUCGCGCUACCCACCCCCGGCCCCUCCUCUCGCAUAACCCGCUGUUUCAGGUCUUUCCAUCUAUUCGAGCGGCUGGGGAAAAAUCCAACAGCGCUGGUCAAUUAGCGACUAGCCGACAAAGUGACGUCAAAGAGAAUUGAAGCAGGUUCGUUCUUGCAUAGCAAAGAGCUAGGUGACGGCAGCCCAAGAGGUGAUUAUGCAUGAAAGACUGGCGGCUCUUCGAGAAACCCGAGAGAAUUGCCUCUGAAUGGUUUCAUUUGUCUGCUAUUCACCAAUGUUCAAACCUGCUGGUAGGUCUGUUACGAG